AUGGACAGUGACUUGCCUUAUUCUAUUUUAUCCUUUAUCUUUUCCAAGUUAUCUUUUAAGGAUCGUGUCAAAACUUCCCUAUUGUCCAAGCACUGGCUUCACGAAUGGAGAUUUUCAUCAACAACACACCUCAAUUUUGAUCUCUAUAACACACUGGCAACAGACAAAUCUCAAUUUACAGCAAGAUUGGAUCAGUUCAUGCUUCAUUAUCAACACGCUACAAUCAGUUCAAUUCGAGUAAAAUUUCCAUUGGGUGAUGAACACAGGGAUGUGAUUGAUAGAUUGAUUUCUGAAGGGAUUGCUAAGGGUGUUAAACAUAUUCAACUAUUAUUCUCACAUCAAACUAAUCAUACUAAUUUAAAUUUGGAAUUUAAGCCUUAUAGAUUUCCCUUUACUCUCUUAUCUAACACUGAUUCUCUAACCUAUCUGCACCUAGAGAACUGCCUCUUAGUAGCAUCUAUGGAUUUCUCUGGAUUGAAGAAUCUCACAACUCUUGUGUUGCAACAAAUCGUUGUGAAACAGGAUCUACUUGAGAGCCUGUUAUCCAACUGCAUCCAUCUCGCAGACUUCACACUUGAUAACUGCGAGUUAUGUUAUUAUUUUAAAAUAAUUACUCCAACAUUGGUUCAUUUGAAAAUUGUUAACUGUCGCUGUAUCUUUAUGACUGAAAUAUACAUUACUACUUCAAAGUUGCGUCGUUUGAACAUGAUUGAUUGCGGCUCUGAGAUAUCAGCUCCGUAUAUGAUAUAUAUUGAUGCUAAGAAUCUCUCGUCUUUUGAAUAUAGUGGUGUCAUCACUAGGAAAUUUUCUGUUAUGGCACCAAAGUUAUUGGAGAUUUUUUUGAAUGCUUCUGUAAAACACAAAUACAGUGGUCAUACUACAACAACACCAAAGUUAUUGAAGGUUUUUUGGAAUGCAGCCGUAAGAGAGGAAAAUCGUCAAAUUAAAGAUUAUGUCAGUUUUGAAUUUUGA